AUGACGGUGGUGCAGAGAAAUGCCGCCGGCGGCGCACCGGAAUCGGUACGGCAGCUCGGUGUCAGUGUGAACACAAGGCGGCUGGCAAACGUGCUGGGGGACGAGUUUAUUAGCUUCUCCGCCAAACCGCAAGACAUCUUCGAUGGCCAGGGCAACCCGAUCACCGAAACUAGCUUCCUGAUGGCGCAGAGUCUUGGCGGUACCUUCCUGAAGGUGAUCGCGGACUCGUCGCAGCUUCAUCUGCAAACAACCGGCGGGCAGAGUGUGAUCGGCAAUCCGGACGACGUCGAGUUGGUGCAGAUUAGUGCUAGUGCAUGGCAAGCGUUCUACGAUUGGGCUCGGCGGGCCAACAUCCUGCCAGUGUUUGUGCUGGACUACCCGACCGACGGCGGCCAGUGGGACGUAAAGAAGGCACUGCGCAUUCUAACCGCGGCCAGCGCGCUUGGCAUCGACGAAUGUCGCUGGCAGUUGGGAAAUGGACUCGUUAAGGACGGUGUGAAGUAUGCGGAUGAUUUGCGAACGUUCCGCACGAUGUUGCAAGCCUUCCCCAAGCAGAACUGGACGGUUGUAGCGUCCGAACUGAAUCCACAGCUGGUACCGCUGGAAGACGUUCAGUAUUUCCAUGCCAACGGGGACAGUCUGGUGGAUGCCAUCACGAUCUCGAGACCACGAUACGAUAGUGCGGCCUGGAACUACACCACUCUGCAGCGGGAUAUUCAUCUUCGUGGCCUGUCUAAGCAACGUCUUCCGAUAUGGCUCGAUCUAGUUGCCGAUUACAAUCGUAGCGAGGUGGAGGCAUCUGCUGAUACGGAAUCUACCGCUGCUCCUACUUGCUGCAAAUCAUGCGUCCAAGAAGGCCUCGACUAUGCUCGAACACUCGGUGAAGCUGCCCGCGGUGGUAUUAGUGCGGUAUUUCAGCCCCUACAGCGGGACGAUAUUCAACAGUAUUCGUUACACUAUUUAAUCUCCGCGCUGUACAAACAAACCGUCGGUCACAAAGUCUUCCCCGUCCAUUUCAACCUACUUCCCGCGGGCGAAGAACCCGGCCAAACGUCAGUGUACGCAUACUGUACACGCAAUCGUACCGGAUCGCUUACGCUCGUGCUGGUGAAUGGUGAGGAGGAGGGUGCGACCAACGCCACCAUCAAGCUGCUGACACGGUCCCUUUCAUCUCCGGUCGAGCUGUUCCUGUUGAGCGUACAGGACGGACAGCCGAUGGUGAACAAUCUGCCCCUGGAUGCGACUGCGACCACCACACCGCCCAGCAUAGAACCGGUCAAAGCGGUCACGACCCUUACGCACGGUGUCAGCUUCUACGUACCAGCGCAAACGAUCCUGUUCGCUGUCAUACCCGGCGUCCAGGUACGCGAAUGUCGCAACGAUGCCCUACCCGAACGUAAAAAGCUUCCCCGGGAGCUUCAGCACGAUCGUACCUCUACCGAUCUGCUGCUCGAAGAACUCAUCGGCGAGCUGUUGGCCAAUGCGCCUCGCGACACGCUGCAACGCCGGCGACGUUCGCUAGGCGAGCAGGACAAGCCCACAAUUAAAGCCAACAAGAAGUGGAAACGAUUUCACGCUCGUUUCACUGAUGCGUCACAAAGCGAUGGUCUUGCGGAAAGCCUCUCGGCGGUUCUCGCGGACGCGCAAUCGACCGUUGGGCCGACGGAAAGGACAGCGCGUGGUCCCCGCCAGACGCAAGCAUACAAGCGGCAGCAGCGGCGGAUUCGCAACAAGGAAAAACGCUCGGAAAUGCGCAACCUGAAGAAAAUGAAGCACCCGUUGCGCGAGGCCCGACGGGAACGGUCGAAGCGUGGCGAUUUGCUGAAAGCACGCCGAUCGGCCGCCCAUCCACAUCGCCGGAUUCAUCAGCGUUUGUUGAACCGGAUGUCGGCGAAGCUGGAAAGCCGCAAAACGAAACGAUCCUCGCUGGCGGAAGCCGUCAAUGAGCCACCGAACUUUGGCGCCGGCAGCGAUGAGCAGGACGAGCUAGGCCAACGGUCGGACUUUCCGCUCGGCGAUGUGCACCUAGUUAUCUCCAAGGGAGGCAAUGGCGAUGGGGAGGUCGAAUACGUGCCAACCGAUGAUGAUGACGACGAUGAUGAUGGCGUUGAAGUUGGCAUGGUAGAGCGAAAGCAGAGCUGGAGUGGGGCCCGUCAUCGACCGGCAAUUCGGCGAAGGAUCUCGGUGAAUCAGCGCGAUUUCUAUCGUUUUGCUCCGGUCUGGGAUCGAAGCCGAACUUUGGAGGGCGGUCAGGAGCAGUCUGACUGUGGCCGGCGACGCACGCUUCGUCGCGGUCCAAAGGAUUCGGAAGCGCGGGAAACAAAGCGCAUCGAUCGGUUCAUGUCCAUUGGGAAGGAACGGUCGGAGGAGGUGAAUGCUAUGGAAGCAAAGUCGGGUCAACCGGAGACAGCAUCUACUAGAGAAGAGUUUACCAUUGCCAAGAAGGAAGAAGUGAGGCUUGAUUCGGAAGAGGGCCAACGACAGCAAGAGCCUGUGGAAGAGAAAUCCCAGGAAGAACCCACAAUUGUUUCUGGCGAGAACCACGACCAAGUAACGGAUCGUACGACGAUGCCUCCUUCGGAAGAGGAAAUACAUCUCUACACACCGGCACCACGCACGAGCGAGGAGCAACAGAGCGUGCCGCAACUUGAUCCGAUCUGGUCGCUGGAGUCGUCACCUGAAUCAUCCGCCGAAGUGUCUGAGCUGAUGCACAAUCGCUACAAACGUUCGCUCCAACCAUCCGCAGAGGCUUCGGUCGAGUCGCAGGAAGUGCAGCGGUUGGAGGACUUUUUCCGUACGAACGCAAAGCUGCAGCAAAAGUUUGCCGAAAUGUUUGACCUGCUGCUGGAGGCCAUCGAAGAGCUGGAUGCGGAAGAAAACGAUGCCCGCGAGAUGAGCGACGAUGGCGAAGCUGAGCAUGAUGGUGACGAGGUGGCGGAAAGAGCCGGAACUGGCAUGCCGUCCCACAAACGCUCCAAACGUAACGUCCUGCUGCACCCACAAUCCUGGGAAUCCCGGGAGCGGUCGAAUAUGAUUCAUCGGCGGGAACGAUCGGAAGAAGAUUCGUACGAAAAUCACAUCAUUGCAGCAGCCCAACCCAAGGCACCGUCGAAAUCGCUGGCGGAACAUGCUGGCGGUGUGCAGACGUCGCAAGAAUCGCAGCAACCAGAGCAUGAGCAGGACAGCGAUGAGGGAAAACCGGGCGCGUUCAUGCUACGGUCGGUGGUGAACUUUAUGCGAAGAGCGUCCACCGAGUUUCACCAACUGUUUUCCAGCUGGUUUGGAAAGACCGCGUAAAAGAACAUAGGCCAGGUGAGGGGUCGAGGGAAAUGCAUGUGGGUAACACCUAUCGAGUAAGUUUGUAUGUAAAAUAGUGUUUACUAGUUUAGUUAAAUAAAGUGCCUGUGGUUUCUUGCUUAAUUA